AUGGCUUCGACUGAAGCUGCUCAACCAGCGCCUCAGGAUGGCACAGGUGUUAUCCAGUUGGAUCCUUGGCUUGAACCUUUCCGCGACGCUCUACGACACAGAUUCGGGUUGGUCGAAAACUGGAUCAAGACAAUCAACGAAAAUGAGGGUGGGCUAGACAAGUUUAGCAAGGGUUACGAGAAAUUUGGUUUCAAUGUCAAUGCCAAAGGAGACAUCACAUAUCGGGAGUGGGCUCCCAAUGCUGUGCGAGCUUACUUAGUCGGUGAUUUCAACAACUGGGAUGUAACGGCGCAUCCAAUGACAAAAGACAACUUUGGCGUGUGGGAAGUUACAGUGCCCUCAAAGGAUGGCAUGCCAGCCAUCCCGCAUGAUAGCAAGGUCAAGAUAGCGAUGGACAUUCCCAGCGGAGAGAGGAUCUACCGGAUACCUGCGUGGAUCAAGCGUGUGGUCCAGAACCUCGAAGUGUCCCCCAUUUAUGAGUCCGUGUUCUGGAAUCCUCCCGAAUCUGAGCGGUACAAAUUCAAACAUUCCCACCCAAAGAGACCUGAGAGCCUCCGCAUCUAUGAGGCCCAUGUGGGUAUCUCAUCUCCCGAGACCAGGGUUGCGACAUACAAAGAGUUUACGAAGAACAUGCUGCCUCGGAUAAAGUACUUGGGGUACAAUGCGAUCCAGCUCAUGGCUAUCAUGGAACAUGCCUACUACGCCAGCUUCGGAUACCAGGUCAACAACUUCUUCGCAGCGAGCAGUCGUUACGGCACACCCGAAGAACUGAAGGAGCUUAUUGAUACAGCACACAGUAUGGGCUUGACAGUGCUUCUCGACGUUGUCCACAGUCAUGCGUCAAAGAACGUCGACGAUGGACUGAACAUGUUUGAUGGAACAGACCACCUUUAUUUCCACGAAGGAGGAAAGGGCCGGCAUGAACUGUGGGACAGUCGGUUGUUCAACUACGGCCACCACGAGGUUCUGCGUUUCCUUUUGAGCAACCUUCGUUUCUGGAUGGAAGAAUACGGCUUCGAUGGCUUCCGUUUCGACGGAGUCACGAGUAUGCUUUAUGUACACCAUGGCAUUGGAACUGGCUUCUCAGGUGGAUAUCACGAAUACUUUGGCCCCUCCGUCGAUGACGAGGGUGUGAUGUACCUCACUCUCGCCAAUGAGAUGCUCCAUACUUUGUACCCCAACUGCAUCACCGUGGCAGAAGACGUCUCCGGAAUGCCGGCUCUCUGUUUACCUCAUUCCCUCGGUGGCGUUGGGUUCGAUUACCGCCUCGCGAUGGCCAUCCCAGACAUGUACAUCAAACUCCUGAAGGAAAAGUCCGAUAGCGAGUGGGACAUGGGCAAUCUCGCCUUCACCCUGACCAACAGACGUCACGGCGAGAAGACAAUUGCCUAUGCAGAAAGCCAUGAUCAAGCCCUGGUCGGCGACAAAACGCUCAUGAUGUGGCUCUGCGACAAGGAAAUGUACACCCACAUGUCCGUGCUAACCGAAUUCACCCCCACCAUCGAACGAGGAAUGGCCCUGCACAAGAUGAUCCGACUGGUCACCCACGGCCUAGGAGGAGAGGGCUACCUCAACUUCGAAGGCAACGAGUUCGGCCACCCAGAAUGGCUCGAUUUCCCCCGUGCCGGAAACAACAAUUCCUUCUGGUAUGCCCGCCGCCAGCUCAACCUCACCGAAGAUCAUCUCCUCCGCUACAAGUUCCUCAACGAAUUCGACCGCGGCAUGCAAUUGACCGAGGAGAAGUACGGCUGGCUACACUCUCCACAAGCCUACGUGAGCCUCAAGCACGAGAUCGACAAGGUCCUCGUCUUCGAGCGCGCAGGUCUGCUCUGGAUCUUCAACUUCCACCCCACAGAGAGCUUCACCGACUACCGUGUCGGCGUCGAUAAGGCAGGUACCUACCGCAUCGUCCUGGACACUGAUGAUACGGACUUUGGUGGCUUCGGCCGCAAUCUCAAGGAGACUCGCUUCUUCACGACCGAUAUGCCCUGGAACGGCCGUAGUAAUUACGUGCAGGUCUACAUUCCUACCCGAACAGCGCUGAUCCUCGCCCUUGAAGAAACACUGUAA